AUGGCUGCCAUUAACACAAACCUCCCCCAACAGUCCGAACCCUCCUCAGACAAGCAGAAGCCAAACCAUGCCUCGAGCCCUUCGGUCGCUUCCAAGCCAGAGCUGAAUGGUUUGGAUACUAUCGAUUAUCCCCACUACAAGGACUUGCAGAAGAGCUUGCGCAAUGCUGUGAAGAAGCUGAACGCGACCGCCAAAGUUGACGCCAUCAUUGCCGAAAACCCUGGAAAGUCGUUGGACGAUCUCGUCGCGGAGAAGAAGAUCAACGUCGAUCAGAAGGCUCAGGCAUUGAAGAAGCCUUCUCUUCAAGCCAGUAUUGCUCAGAUCGAGGAGCAAAUUGCCCACUUCAAGAACUUUGCCGUUCAUUACGAGGAGCGGUUGGCCAGCCAGAAGGCUGCUUUGGAGAAGGCUCACAAGGAGCAACUCGAGGCUCUUCAGGAGCAGGCCACCGCCGCUGCCACCGCCGCCGCCACCAAUGCCGGCGAACAGGUGCUUAGGCAGAGGCUGCUUAACUUGAGCAAGUUCCUGUGCGCUGCCGCGACCGUGAGACGAUCUGGAGAUGAGUCCUCGAGUGAAAGCCGUGCAUUUGAAGGCGUCCUUUAUCAAGUCUAUGGCGGUACUCAAGAUGCCGUCACCUCUAUGCUCAAAAUCAUCGAUGGGGUGGACGAGAAGGUGGUUGGUGUUGACGGCACCACCCUGGAGGUUACUUAUGAAAGGGUAAAGCAGGUCUCCGCCGAGCUUGCUCCCUCGUCCGACAACGCCACCCCCGAGGCCGCUCCUGCAUCGGACCCCUCUGUGGCCAAUGCGGCCUACACGGAACUACAGGAUUCCUCUUACAACACCGACGCAACUGUCGCGAACGAGUCCACUCCCGCCACUGAGCCCGAGCCUGAGCAGAUCACCCCGCCUGCUCAGACCCUAGUUGGGGACGGUGCCAACGCCGUUGCAGAGGCCGGCUGGGAUGCAAAUGCUUCUGGUGUGUCCUCGGCCAACACUGAAGGUUGGGUUGAGGUCCCACGCGACCCCGCUGAGACCGAAACCGGCCUUGAGGCGACUCCUGCCGCAGUAGAAGCGGAGGCGAAGAGUGCCCCGGCUGCUGGUGAACAGACCGCCGAGAAUGUUACGGUGCCUAAGCCCGACGGCUUCGAGCCCGUCGUGCACCACCAGAGGCAGCCUAGUGGCCGGGGACGGGGCCGUGGCGGACAUGGCCGCGGCCGGGGUGAUGGAUUCCGGGGCCGCGGACGCGGCGAAUUCCGAGGCCACGGUCGUGGUCGCGGCCGUGGUGGCCGGGGCCGCGGCGGAGCCAACGCCAAUGGCAAUGGCAAUGGCGCUCCCAGUGCCGCCCCUGCUGGAAACCAGUGA